AUGGCUGCCCAGACGGACCCUCUACGAGAGUUCGCAGACUCCCUGCGAGGCAAGGGCGGGGUGGAGGCCCGGGCAGCCGUGUACCAGGCCCAGCGUGUGGAGAUCGUGAGGGGCAAGGACCUGGGCCGGUGGAUCGCAGCUCACCCCGAACCUUCUUCCCGCUUUCACAAUGGAGCCAAGACUCCUGAGGAUCAGGCUAAAGAGGUGGUUGAGCUGCUGCUGCGCCGCAACCUCCUGCAGCGCUGUGAACGGAUGUUCAAGCGUCCACCCCCAGGCAGCAAGAAGCUGGUCAAGUUUCCCAAGAAGCUGGUGCCGCCGGGCCCAGGGGAUGUGAAGUCGUUUGCAGAGGACGCGUUCUAUGCCUGGACGUAUGACCGGCCAUCCUCACCUUGGAUGCUGGUGUUCACGAUCCUGGGCAUGGCUGGAGUCUUGGCCGCCUGCCUCUUCCCCCUCGCCCCCUACGGCAUCAAGGUCACCGUGUUCUACCUAGCCUCCGGCCUGCUGACCGUCAUCCUGGGCACCCUGGUGCUCAGGCUGUUUGUUGCAGCCACAAGCUGGAUCCUGACGGGGAAGACACUGUGGCUCCUGCCCAAUGUCCUGUCUGAGGAGGUGCCCCUGAGCGGCCUCCUCAAGCCACUCGUCUCGGUGCAGCAGCCAGAUGAGGACAAGGCCUGGGCCAACAGCUGGUUGGCCCGCCUAUCAGUGGGUGUGAGCCUGGCCUCCCUCAUCUUCGUGCUGUACACCCACUCCCCUCCAAAAGGCACCGUCACGGCCGAGGCAUCAAGGUAUAGGGACGAGCUGUUCGACCUGUUCAACAUUCGGAAAGAAGGGAAUGCGCGUCUCGGCAACUCCAGCGCAAGCACGGCGUUUGAAGAGGCCCCUGCCGUGGAGGAUGUAAUCCAUGACAGUGACCUGUGA